ACCACGGUUUGUGAAGAUGUACCAGAGCCUGGCCCUGUCCUCCACCCAGUCCCCGUACGCGCACGACACCGGGAAUUACAUGCACCCGUCGGCCAGCUGCUCCCCGGUCUACGUCCCCACCACCAGAGUCCCGGCCAUGCUGAACACGCUGCCCUACCUGCAGUCCUGCGACUCGACCCACCAGUCGCACGGCCUCGGCGGGCACCACGGCUGGCCCCAGACCGGCGCCGGCGCGGACGGCUCCUCCUACGCGCCCGGCAGCAGUCCUCACCCUCCUCCGCACCACGGCUUCUCGUACUCGCACAGCCCGCCGGUCAGCAGCAACACCGGCCGGGACGCGACCUACCAGAGCCCGCUGGUGCUCGGCAGCGGGGGUCGGGGGGAGCAGUACGGCGGCGGGGCGGCGGCCCUCAUGCGCUCCGUCGGCGGAUCCUACUCCGGCCCGUACGCCUACAUGAGCCCGGAGAUGGCGACGUCCUCCUGGACGCCGGGGCCCUUUGAGAGCGGGGUGAUUAGUCUGCAGGGACGGCACGGAGGACUGUCUGGGAGGAGAACCAGUCUGGACCUGAUCGACGACAUGUCCACAGAGGGCCGGGAGUGCGUCAACUGCGGCUCGGUGUCCACGCCGCUGUGGCGCAGGGACGGUACCGGACACUACCUGUGCAACGCCUGCGGCCUCUACCACAAGAUGAACGGCAUCAACCGGCCGCUCAUCAAACCGCAGAAACGACUGCAGACCACGUCUCGCCGGGCCGGCCUCUGCUGCACCAACUGCCACACCAGCACCACCACGCUGUGGAGACGCAAUGCUGAGGGGGAACCCGUGUGCAACGCCUGCGGCCUCUACAUGAAGCUGCAUGGGGUGGCCAGACCUCUGGCCAUGAAGAAAGAGAGCAUUCAGACCAGGAAGCGCAAACCCAAGAUGCCCAAGGCUAAAACAUCCACAGGAUCUGCCGCCUCUGACACCAGCUCCCCAACCUCCCUGUCAGCCUCAGAACACGCCUCCACCAUUAAGAGCGAACCCAACAUGGCCCCCUCGCCGUACGCCGGACAGACGGUCACAUCUGCCACUCAGGCGCCGUCUCAGUUAGACGUUACAGGAUCGGGACACGUGGACAUUAAAUACGAGGAUUUUCCCUUUACCCCGAGCUCCAUGGCCCCACAGAACUCCUGGUGCGCUCUGUCUCAAGCGUGAGGCCUACAGAAUGCCGAGCAGCUCUCCAUCCUGCAUCUCGCCACUCUGGAGCUUUGGGAGAAUGCUGGGACUAUCUGAUGCCUACAUGUGUUCAGGAGCUCUCUUGUUCACCUUGACCCUAUCAGCUUGCCGUACUAUAUACUGUGACACACUAGCUCUGCGACUGGACACAGGGUACCUCCAGGGCUCCUUUUAACAAAAGGAUGCGUACAAAGCAAGCUGACUUGACGGCUCAGCCAGGGCAAAGAACACAGCUGGAAUAGGACUAAAAAAACUGACGCUGGAAAUCCGGAAAAUCACACAUUUCCUCAGCGGGACAACAAGAACUACCUUUUACUAGAAGAAAUCUCUAUUUCUUUGGGGAGAAACACUCACCAAUUAUAUCAACGGAAGACAAUCAAGUGGAAUGUAAAAAAAAUAAACGAGGAUUCAAUAAUCUCUUUUUUUUAUAGCUGACAACUGACUUUAGUUUCAUUUAGUUUUUGUUGUUGUGGCUGGUGUUUGCCGAUACCUCUCUGUGGUCUUUCCAAGAACAUAACGAGAGCACGUGUUAUUGCCAUCGCAGAAAGAAAAGCGGAAAAUGGACAGACAAAUACCUUCUUUUUGUUUUUUAUGGCUGUUGAACACGUCUCAUUACGGACGUGUAGAUGAUUAACUUUUAUGGGCACAUUAUUUAUGUUGAGAUAAGGACAGUUAAAAGUCAUGGUGGACACUAAAAGCGGCCAGAUAUAGCCCCGCUACUCACUGUUGUAGAAUGGCUGGUGUUUUGACGCUUAGGUUGUGUGAGUGACUUUACAAGAUAUAAACUGCAUCUUGUACGAUUCAUCGACAAUCAGAACCGGUCGUUUUGAUUCUGACAUCAUGAUUACAUAUCAGAAGUUUGUUUCAUUUUACUGCUUUAAUAUUUGACAUUAAUGAAAGUGCAAUGACUCCGUUUUUUCAUUCAAGCAAUUGAAGGCACAAUGAAACGAGUGUGAAUGAUUCUAAACUUAAUAAUCUAAUUAUAUUGUGUGUAUUUUGUCAAUAUGUAAGGGAAUUUUAUUGUUAUAAUGUUCCAAAGGACUCUCUCUCUCUUGUUCCCUCUCUUUUUAUCAAUGCUCUUUGGAAUCUG